GGAACGACCUUAAGAAAUAAUUCGGAAGCUUUUGAAUUCUGGGAGCAUCCUCCAAUUCCCCUUCUCCUGCAGGUCUAUUUCUUUAACUUGACUAAUCCUUUAGAAGUGCUAAAAGGGGAAAACCCUAUCGUCAAGGAAGUUGGCCCCUACACCUACAGGGAGUGGAAAGUUCGACGGGACGUACACAUUCUGGAGAACGGCUCAAAGGUGUCCUCUUUCCAACCAACCACUUACUAUUUUGAGCGAGAACUCUCCGUGGGUGACCCAGAAGUGGAUCGGAUCCGGACAGUAAACUUGCCCGCAGUGACGGCCAUGAAUAUGGCCCGGAGAACGCCUUUCCAUUUUCCUGCCGAGCUAUUGCUACUGGCCUACGAAGAGGAUAUGUUCACCAUCCAUACAGUGCAAGAGAUUUUAUGGGGCUACACGGAUAGGUUUCUGCAGGCGGUACACAAAUUUUUCCCCAGCGUCGAUCCGGUUUUCGGCUAUUUUGCACAGAUGAAUGCGACAGAUGAUGGUGAAUAUCUCAUGUUAUCUGGUGAAAAGAACUAUCUGGACUUCACAAGAGUAAUUGAAUGGAAUGGCAAAGACAAUCUGGACUGGUGGACAUCACCCAGCUGUAACAUGAUCAAUGGGACAGACGGAGGGACGUUUCACCCGCUCCUCUCCAAAGAUGAAAUGCUUUAUAUCUUCUCUACAGAUUUCUGCAGAUCCAUCUAUCUAACCUUCGAGGAAGAGUUAACCGUUUUGGGAAUUCAAACUUACCGAUUUACACCUCCCUUGGCAAUCUUUGCCAAUGUCUCGGUUAACCCAGACAACGCCGGAUUCUGUGUCCCUGCCGGACACUGUACGGGGUCUGGAAUCCUGAAUGUCACAGCUUGCAAACAAG